GCAAACAUUUCGCCUGAUACUUAAGUGUGAAGAGCCUGGAAAAAACCAAAGGACCCCUACGACGAGCCGGGAAUUUUCUGAUUAUUUUCCUCCGAGUCAAUGCUCGGUGAAAUCAGUUAGUCAGUGGCCGGACACCGUGCGGCUGACACAGCGUAUCCCCUGAUCCUGAGGUCAGGGGUCCCCGGAGCCCAAGGGCGUUUCCAAAGCUCUGCGAGGCGGAGGUGAGGCCCGGGCUGGUCCAGCUCGGCCACCGUUGUUAUGGCAACCGCCAAGAAAGGGGAACUUCAUGUCUUCGGGCUAAACCGAAAGUUUGCACAGCAGGGGCCAAUCGAAGGGCCCCGAGGUGGCCAGCACAGGCCCCUCGGCGACUUCCCAGGUCUCACUAUCCAGAAAAACCACCACAGGGUAAGCCGAACCAGCCGCCGCGCCCCACUCCCCAGGCUUUUCCGGCGGCUGCGCCCUUUAACCCCGGAAGUGGGCGGGAGAGGAAGAGGCUGGUGAUGUUGGAACAAACAUGGCUGCUCUGGCGCCCGUCGGCUCCUCCGGCUCCCGCCGUCCUCGGCUGGCCGCGGGCCUCCGGCUGCUCCCGAUGUUGGGGUUGCUGCAGUUGCUGGCCGAGCCUGGCCUGGGCCGCGUCCAUCACCUGGCACUCAAGGACGAUGUGAGGCAUAAGGUUCAUCUGAACACCUUUGGAUUCUUCAAGCAUGGCUAUAUGGUGGUUAACGUCAGUAGCCUCUCAGUGAAUGAGCCUGAAGACAAGGGUGUGACUAUUGGAUUUAGCCUAGACCGUACAAAGAAUGAUGGCUUUUCGUCUUACCUGGAUGAAGAUGUAAAUUACUGUAUUUUAAAGAAAGAGUCUGUCUCUGUCACCCUUCUAAUCCUAGACAUCUCCAGAAGUGAGGUAACAAUAAAGUCUCCACCAGAAGCUGGUACGCAGUUACCAAAAAUCAUCUUCAGCAGGGAUGAGAAGGUCCUUGGUCAGAGCCAGGAGCCUAAUGUGAACCCUGUUUCAGCAGGCAGCCAGACCCAGAAGACACAAGACAGUGGAAAGUCUAAAAGAAGUACAGUGGAUUCAAAGGCCAUGGGAGAGAAAUCCUUUUCUGUUCAUAAUAAUGAUGGGGCAGUGUCAUUUCAGUUUUUCUUUAACAUCAGCACUGAUGACCAAGAAGGCCUUUACAGCCUUUAUUUUCAUAAAUGUCUCAGAAAUGAAUUGCCGAGUGACAAGUUUUCAUUCAGCCUUGAUAUUGACAUCACAGAGAAGAAUCCGGACAGCUACCUCUCAGCAGGAGAAAUUCCUCUCCCCAAAUUAUACAUCUCAAUGGCCUUUUUUUUCUUUCUUUCGGGGACCAUCUGGAUUCAUAUCCUUCGAAAACGACGGAAUGAUGUAUUUAAAAUCCACUGGCUGAUGGCGGCCCUUCCUUUCACCAAGUCUCUUUCCUUGGUGUUCCAUGCAAUCGACUACCACUACAUCUCCUCCCAGGGCUUCCCUAUUGAAGGCUGGGCUGUUGUGUACUACAUCACUCACCUUUUGAAAGGGGCACUACUCUUCAUCACCAUUGCUCUCAUUGGCACUGGCUGGGCCUUCAUCAAGCACAUCCUUUCCGAUAAAGACAAAAAGAUCUUCAUGAUUGUCAUCCCACUCCAGGUCCUGGCAAACGUAGCCUACAUCAUCAUAGAGUCCACCGAGGAGGGCACGACUGAAUAUGGCUUAUGGAAGGACUCUCUGUUUCUGGUUGACCUGCUGUGUUGUGGUGCCAUCCUCUUCCCAGUGGUGUGGUCAAUCAGACAUUUACAAGAAGCAUCAGCAACAGAUGGAAAGGGUGGCAGCAUGGGACCUCUUCAGCAGAGAGCGAAUCUAAGAGCAGGAAGUCACAUAGAGGUGGAGUCUCACCAUAUUGCCCAGGCUGACCUUGAACCCCUGGCCUCUAACUGUCCUCCUGCCUCAGUCUCUCACAGGGCUGGGAUUACAGCUGCUAUUAACUUAGCAAAGCUGAAACUUUUCAGACAUUAUUACGUCUUGAUUGUGUGUUACAUAUACUUCACCAGGAUCAUUGCCUUUCUCCUCAAGCUUGCUGUUCCAUUCCAGUGGAAGUGGCUCUACCAGCUCCUGGAUGAAACGGCCACACUGGUCUUCUUUGUUCUAACGGGGUAUAAAUUCCGUCCAGCUUCAGAUAACCCCUACCUACAACUUUCUCAGGAAGAAGAUGACUUGGAAAUGGAGUCUGUCGUGACGACAUCUGGGGUGAUGGAAAAUAUGAAGAAAGUAAAGAAGGUGACCAACGGCUCUGUGGAGCCCCAGGGCGAGUGGGAAGGCACCGUGUGACAGAGUCGACCUCGAGGAUGGCACUGUCCAAGGAAACUUUUAUUCACAGUCCUGUUGGAGAGCGAGAGCAGCUCCUACAGUGAACUAUUGGCACCUCCGACAGUGACACCAGGGCACGUGGCUGGGAGCACAGUGCCGCGGAAACCUGACUCUGUACUCUUCUUUUAUGGAAACUGGAUCUGUGGCUGGUUAGAGGCAGCUGGAGUCCUCCUUCAGGUGGGAGUGGGAGGAGGGGCACAGGGAGGGGGAGAGGAAGAGAAAAGGAAUUACUCAUUUUAAAUUUAGGUUUCUUUUUUUCUUCUUCAUUUGGGAGCUCUAAGGUGUAUGCAGUUGUGAACCCAGGUGUGGGGCAGUGGUGAGGACGACAGGUGGAGGGGGAAGGAAGGUGUGAGGUGUCUGUCUGAUGCUUUAGGAAAUAUCUAUAAGGACACCGGAACUUAGGAAGGAGGAAGGGGAGGGUGCCAUCGCCUCUUCAGGAGGCAAACAUGAAUGAAAACAGGUGAUUUUAGAAAGCAGAGUCAAAACCCAGCUUCGGAUGUAGCACCUGCCCCAGGAUUCCUGCCCUGAGCAUUGCCCAGACCCUGAGAGUGACUGGGAAGGCCGCUCCUGAGGCCCAGUGGCCUUCUUUCCAACAGGAAUAGGAGGCUAUGAUGUCACUGUCAGGUCAUGCCUGUGGCAUAGUCCAGGUGGUGGGAGGGGGUUGAGAUAUUGCCUGAUGGAUGGAAAGAAACAUUUUUAAGCUCAAAAAGCAUUAUAGUCUCUGGAGUUCCCUGGACAUCCACUCCCUAGCUGCCCAGAGCACCCCCUCCCUGACUGCCCAGAGCACCCCGUCUCGUUUCCCUUCAUGCCUGUGGCUCUGUUUUGUGUGAUCAGAAUUUGGGAGGAAAUGGAAAGGAGUUUUCCUUAAGGAGUAGCUGGUGCAGAAUAGGUCGUAUUUAAGCCGAUACUUAAGUCCAAGCAAAUCAUCCCCAUUAAAAAGCUUCUUGUGUAGGCUAGUAGGAUUUCUAAAUAGAUGAAUGCAACAGAUUUGGUCCCCGUAGUCCAAGAGUAUGUAUGUGAACAAAGGGAGCACGAUUCAACAGUUUCACUCAGGGAUUUGGGGAUGGUGAACUAUUUCACAGAAACGCAGUGAAGUUCCUUUCCACAUUUUCAGAGCCUGGGAAUGAACACAGAGCUGCCUAAAGUGAGCAGUAUUGCAGUUUAGAGAGAAAAGCAUUUGAAUAUUGGGACAAGCUCAGAAGGUCCUAUGUGACUAAGAGCUUAAAAGGAGACCAAAACAUGGCCCCAUCGCGGAUGCUUCUUACUGCCUGGGGGCCGGCUAGGUAGGGUUGUUUCCAGAAGCUGGAGCCUACCCCUGCCUCGGCUUGUCAGAAAGCCACACUGUAGGGGGAACUGGGACCUAUCGGGUUGAUAAUCGUGGUCUCUGGGAGUUGUUUUCUCACCUCUGGCUUAAAAGAGUCAGUGAGAAACCACAGGGUAUGAGGUGGCACUUAGGUCACAGGUUUGGGAACUUGAAAAAGUCUCCAUUUCAGAAAACAGUUGUUUUCCCUCUCCCGUGCCAUUUUCUCUUCCUGAAUGACUAGCGAGGAAGCGGGUGUUCUUUUUCUGCACUUUGGUUCUCCAUCUGGGUGCUCUGGAGGUGCGGGCUGCCUUCUGAGGCAGGUGCUCCUGGAGGCUGCUAUGGACGAAUAGCACGCCCCUCCCCAGGCCACGGGUGCCCACCUGUCAGCAGGUAUUUGAGGGAGGCAUCCGUGUCUUCCCAACUUCAGGAGAAGAGUAAACGUGCCCUAAGUGUUCACUUCUGGACCCUUUUAAAGUUAAGUCGGGACUGGACUGUGUGACAGAGGCAGUUGGAGGAUGGGAAUCUUUUUAACACUUGGUUUUCCUGUGCAGAAACACAAUACCAGUUUUUACAGAAAUGUGUUGCAGUCUGUGCCUGCCAAAGCCCUCCUCAGUCCUUCCCUCAGAGGGACACGUUUGCUAUUUCUCCCACAAGCAGAAGUUGUUGAUGAGGUGAUAGACUCCUUGGCAAGAACGAAAGGUGUGAUGAAACCUCCCUGCUCGGAAGGGUCUCCGUGGAGGUGUCCUUAUUUCACAUGCUGGGUUUUGCCAGCAAGGAAGCCAGGGAGUGGAGGAGCCAGAGGGAGCCAGGAGGGUGUGUGGACAAGCGCUGGAGCCUCAGCCAUCAGACUGGCACGGGAAUGCCAGCAUUGGGUGUUCAGAUUCCACGCGUAUGUCUGGGCUCGCUCACAGCAUGGCAAGUGUCUGCAGUGCUAGUCCUGACCCUUCCGGAACAGCAGUGAACAGAUGAGGUAAGACUGUGUUUCAGAAACAAAGAUGGCCACAGCCUUCCUGACAAGCAGGUCACCUGGCCGUGUCUGUAUUAUAACUGGUAAAAGGCUUCAAGUCAGAUUGAUGAUCAAGCAAAGUCAAAACCCCAGGCCAGGACUGGUGAAGCAGGUGGUGGUUCCAAGCUUUUAAAAAAUUAUUUAAGCUCUCCCUCCUGUCUGUGAAUGUAUCUUCCCUUUCUCCUUCACUUCAUAGCUGUGGCCCACCGUUCAUCUCUGCUGUUGCGUGAAGAUGACGGAUGGAGUCCAAAGCCAAGUGGCUUCACCAGCUGACAAGCCACCCUCCUGUAGCCUGAGCUUCACGGUCUGCUGGCUUCAUUGCAAUGCGGUGUUUGAAUGGUUAAGGCCUUCAGUAUUUCAAGGAUUGGGCAAAAAAUGUCGGAUGCACAGAGCAGAGCCGUUGGUGGUAUUUAUAGCUUUGCUUUGUCCUCCUCACUGUUUCUGCCUACGCCAAAUAUCCACGUUUCCUUUGAGAAAUCUGUGUGGACUGAAAGUGCUGCUGGCUGUGAAAUUUAAUAAAGUGUGUAUGUUUCGCUAGAAAAUUAUUUCUCGGACAAUAAGAACAGUCACUGAUCUCUUAAUCCUGGCUCUUAACAGUGGCCAAGGACUCCAUCGGCCCAUUUCUUGGUCCCUCGGUGCUUUGAAAUUUAAGUGGCAAUGCAUUUCAUAAUGUUGAAUAUGACUCUGGUGAAUGGUAGGAGGCCCUUGUGAGGAGGUGCUUGCUUCAGUGUGAAAGUAGCUCCUGGCCUGAGUCCGUUUAGUUUUCUUUCAAGAAACCACUUUAGAGUAAAACAUCCAGGGCUUCCCCGCCCUGAACAUGUCCGGCCUGCCAAGGCAGCACACAGCCGCCUAAGUCCCCUUCACAUGGCUGUUAGGGUGAGAGCGCCUCCUGCAGGAUGACCUCAUCCAGCUCUGCACUCUCGUUCCACACCCUCCCUCCCUCUUCCCCCCCCUCCUCCUGCUGCUCCUCCUGCUUCUCCUCUAUGAUCCCUCCCCCUCCACCAUCCCUCCUCUGCCCUCUUUCUCCCUGUGCCUAUUGAUCCCACAUAGGCUCGUUCUGGGCACGCAAGUGAAAGGCUUUGGUGCAUUGCGGCGCUUUCUCCCAGUCGCUGUGUGAGAGAUGCAUUUUCUAAGCCAAGGAGAAUUUUCUCAAGGGAGUGCAUACUCAUGCCAUGCAUUAUUGCUUUGGGCCGUAUAGGAUGGCCUUCCUCCACAGUAAAGCGGGCGUCAUGUUUUGAUACUUACAAGAGUCUACUCCAGGCAGCCAGUCCGUGCAGACCGAGGAGGAGCAGAAACGAUGCCUGUUGGAAUUGCAGGUGGCAUUCUGGCCUUCUCCCCCAUCCUGAAGCAUUUUCUUCGAGGAAGGCUCUUAGAACAUUAGACAGUCUGCUGAGGCUGUUGGCCCAGCUCCAUACACCCAGUAAAACAGCGGAACAGUUCAUGCUUUAUGCUGCCAAGCUGCUGGAUUUCAAAGGAAGCAGAUCCUAGCCCACUCCUCCACCCCUGCUUCCACGCGCCACACUCACCCCUCUGCUUUUCUCCGACCCACCCCUGGCCUUGUGAGACUGACCGUAAGCCAAGUCCAGGAUGCCUGUGGCCUGUGGCUUGAUUCUGCCCUUUAGGAUUCAGCAAGUUAAUGGCUCCCCCGCUGCAGAAGUUAGACUUUGACUUGAUACCUCUUGGUGUAUCAAAAAGGUAUUCAUCUGGAACUUACUAAAUGUUCUGAAAGACCCGCUCUUCACUCCAGUUCUCCCUAGGGUGUUUCUGGCAGGGCAUCUUUAAAAGGCAUCUACCUGAGUUGACGCUAAUACUUGUCACCACCUGGAAUGUAGUUAUUGGUCGGCAGGCUGAACAUACUCCAGAUUCCCCCGAGGCCGCUUCUGCAGCCCGGCAAUGCAUCUGCGCCUCUCUUCAUGGUUUACGCUUGAAAAAUAGAUAAUGCUUUUAGAUGGCUCACUGCCGGGACGGGGCCCCGCACAUCUCAGGCACCGUGUAAAGGAGUGCGCUGAGAUGGCGGGGGGUGAGUGGGCAGGGCUUGGCCCAGCCGUCUCAGGGACCUGCUGGUGUUCUGGCUGCAGGUGAUCUGCAGGUCGGCCAUGUGGGACGGCGUCCUGGCCAGAGUCAGAAAGGUCAGAAUGAAACGGAACAGCUAACUCACGCACAGGACAGCUUAUUGUGAGGCAGCGUUUUAGAUUUGGGAGGGGGCAGCCAAAGGAGAUGGGGAACCUCCAGAAGGUCAGCCUUUGGAGCAUGUAAGAUACUGUUACAGGGUCCAGAAAUCAUGUCUACACAGGGGGCUUUGACUCUUCCGACAGCUUUUGCAGAUCGUACAUUGCGUUUGCCUAGUCAUGUGACCUCAGAGAAGUCAGACACAUUUAAUCCAGAAAUAGUUUGGUGUGAGGGAGGGCUCGCAGGUCUGUACAUAGCAUUUGCUUUCCUGGUUAGAGGUUGGGACGCAGAAGCAGUUUCAGUAUUUUUUUUUAACAUUAAUGAUCAUUGAGUAUUUAUGUAAACAUAUAAUGUAUAACGGGUGGGGGAUCUGAUCAGGGUGUUGUACAGGGUGAAUUCUCUUGCCGUGUUGCAAAUGUGUAAAAUAAAGAUUACCUGGCAGAA